CUUGCCGUAGCUGUCAGUGUGAGCCGCGAGCCGCCCUUUGGUGGCGCGUCAGAGGAUGCUGGUGUUUGUGUAGUUGUGCCGGGAGCCUCGCAGAGUCAAACAUGUCUGUCAGCGCGGCAGAAAGCCGAGGUUUCUACUUCAACACCGUCCUGUCGCUGGCCCGCUCGCUGGCUGCUCACCGGCAGGCGCCGUUAGAGAAGGUGCAGAAGCUGCAGUGCAUGUGCCCGGUGGACUUCAGAGGAGUCUUCCAGCUGGACGAGCGCAGGAGAGACGCUGUGAUCGCACUCGGCAUUUUCCUGGUGGAGUCCAACCUGCAGCACAAAGAUGCCAUAGUCCCGUACCUGCUGGGGCUGCUCAAAGGCCUUCCUAAAGUUCAGUGGAUUGAAGAAACCUCCGAGCACAAAGGACGCGACACACUUCCAGUCGCAGAGAACUUCAGCUUCUGUCUGGUAACGCUGCUGUCAGACGUCGCCCAGCGCGAUGAAAACCUGCGAGCACAGAUCCUCGAGGCGCUAAUGGACAUCAUGCAGGUUCUGCAGGACGUCUGUAGGAACCCAGAAGCUCAUGACAAAGAGUACUUUUGCAGGUACACCGUCCCCACCCUGCUCGGCGUGGCCAGAGCGUUCGGCCGCUACAGCAACACGGACGAGCCCCUGCUGACCAAGCUGUUUCCGCGGGCCGUCCCCCAAACUCUGUCCACGAGCGAGGACGCCGAAGCGGCGCGCCGGCGCUCCUUCAACGAGUUCCGCUCCAUCCUGCCGAGCUCGCUGCUCACCGUGUGUCAGGGGGACACGCUGAAGAGGAAGGCCUCCUCCGUGUCCAGCGUGUGCCAGCAGGCCAGUCCAGAAAGAACGGGUCUGACGCCCAGCUCACCUUUGGAUCCGUCUGCGCAGUACUUUGAAGGUUCUUACCUGCCCGAUGGCAGCGCCGUCGACCCCGACUACUACUUCUCCACCAUCAGCUCCAGUUUCUCGGUGUCGCCGCUCUUCACCGGGAGCAGCUCUGGAGAGUUCCAGCUCCCUCUGGAUACGCUCCAACAGCUCCUCCACAUGGUGGAGCAGUUGGUGUCAGAGACGUUCCUGAAGACUCUGGAUGGCGUCCUGACGGAGCUCCUGGAGACGAGUCCGGGUCUUCACCUCUACUACAGAACCUUCAGCGAUCCGCUGUACGUCGCCACAUUUAAAAUGCUCCGAGACACGCUGUACAACAUGAAAGACCUCCAGACCGACUACGUGAAGGAGGUCCACGACUUCGUCCUGGAGCAGUUCAGCAGCAGCCAGUCCGAGCUGCAGAGGAUCCUGCACGACGUGGAGUAUCUGCAGAGCGAGCUGAGCCCGCUCAAGCUGCGCUGUCAGGCCAACGCCGCCUGCGUGGACCUGAUGGUGCUGGCCGUCACCGAGGAGCAGGGAGCUGAAAACCUUUGCACCAAACUGUCCGAGAAGCUGCAGUCAAAGACGUCCAGUAAAGUCAUCAUCGCCCACAUGCCCCUCCUCAUCUGCUGCUUACAGGGUUUGGGCCGGCUGUGCGAGCGCUUCCCCGUCGUGGCCCACUCCGUCACCACGUCCCUCAGAGACUUCCUGGUGGUUCCGUCUCCGGUUCUGGUGAAGCUCUACAAAUAUCACAGCCAGAGCAUCCCAGGAGGCGGCGAGAUAAAGAUCCAUGUGACCAACGAGCACUCGCAGUCCACCCUCAGCGCCCACUCCAGUAAGAAGAGCCAGCCCUCCAUGUAUGAGCAGCUGCGGGACAUCUCCAUCGACAACAUCUGCAGGUGCCUGAAAGCUGGUCUGACCAUGGAUAGCGUCAUCGUUGAAGCGUUCCUCGCCAGCCUGUCUAACCGUCUCUACAUCCACCAGGAAAAUGACAAGGACGCUCACCUGAUCACGGACCACACCAUCAGAGCUUUGGGUCACAUCGCCGUGGCCUUACGGGACACACCCCGCGUGAUGGAGCCCAUCCUGCAGAUCCUGCAGCAGAAGUUCUGCCAGCCUCCGUCCCAGCUGGACGUCCUCAUCAUCGACCAGCUGGGCUGCAUGGUGAUCACAGGAAACCAAUACAUCUACCAGGAGGUGUGGAAUUUGUUCCAGCAGAUCAGCGUCAGAGCGAGCUCAAUGGUUUACUCCACCAAAGACUACAAAGACCACGGCUACAGACACUGCUCGCUGGCUGUGAUCAACGCCCUGGGGAACAUCGCAGCCAACCUGCAGGCGGAGCAGAUGGUGGACGAGCUGCUGGUCAACCUGCUGGAGCUUUUCGUUCAGUUGGGCUUGGAGGGGAAGAGAGCCAGCGAGCGGGCCUCAGACAAAGGCCCCGCCCUGAAGGCUUCGAGCAGUGCUGGAAACCUGGGGGUCCUCAUUCCAGUGAUUGCAGUGCUGACCAAGAGAUUGCCGCCAAUCAAGGAGGCGAAGCCUCGUCUGCAGAAGCUCUUCAGGGACUUCUGGCUGUACUCUGUGGUCAUGGGCUUCGCAGUGGAGGGCUCAGGUUUGUGGCCAGAGGAGUGGUACGAGGGAGUUUGUGAGAUUGCCACCAAAUCGCCGCUGCUGACGUUUCCCAGCGGAGAACCGCUACGUUCGGAGCUUCAGUACAACUCGGCUCUGAAGAACGACACGGUGACUCCGGCGGAGCUGAACGACCUGCGGAGCACCAUCAUCAACCUGCUGGAUCCUCCUCCCGAAGUGGCCGGUCUCAUCAACAAGCUGGACUUCGCCAUGUCCACAUACUUGCUGUCCGUUUACAGACUGGAGUACAUGAGGAUGCUGCGCUCUCUGGACUCGGACCGCUUCCAGGUCAUGUUCCGAUACUUUGAAGACAGAGCGACACAGAAGGACAAGUCCGGUAUGAUGCAGUGUGUGAUCGCCGUUAGCGACAAGGUUUUUGAGGUCUUCCUUCAGAUGAUGGAUGAAAAAGCAAAAACUAAAUCCCACGAAGAGGAGCUGGAACGCCACGCUCAGUUCCUGCUGGUCAACUUCAACCACAUCCACAAAAGGAUCCGCAGAGUGGCGGACAAAUACUUGUCUGGCCUCGCUGAAACUUUUCCUCACCUGCUGUGGAGCGGCCGUGUCCUGAAGACCAUGCUGGACAUCCUGCAGACGCUGUCCUUGUCCCUCAGUGCGGACAUUCACAAAGACCAGCCUUACUACGACAUUCCAGAUACUCCGUACAGAAUCACCGUCCCGGACACGUAUGAAGCCAGAGAGAGCAUCGUGAAGGACUUUGCUGCGCGUUGUGGCGAGAUCCUCAAAGAAGCCAUGAAAUGGGCCCCGUCCGUCACCAAAUCUCACUUACAGGAGUACCUGAACAAACAUCAGAACUGGGUGUCGGGUCUGUCGCAGCACACGGGCCUGGCCAUGGCCACGGAGAGCAUCUUACACUUCGCCGGGUACAACAGACAGAGCAGCACACUUGGGUCCACUCAGCUGACAGAGAGGCCGACCUGCGUGAAGAAGGACUACUCCAACUUCAUGGCCUCCCUUAAUCUCAGGAACAGAUAUGCCGGCGAGGUGUCGGGUAUGAUCCACUUCGCCCAGGCAGUCCGGGGACAGUCCGAUCUGAACCGGCUGAUGAUCAAGCAGAUGGGCGAGGCCCUGGACUCCGCCCAGCCCGAGGCAUUCACGGAAGCCAUGUUCAAGCUGGCGGCGUUGCUCAUCAGCAGCAAAGAAUGUGACCCUCAGCUCCUGCACCACCUCUGCUGGUCUCCUCUGAAGAUGUUCACGGAGCACGGCAUGGAGACCGCCAUCGCCUGCUGGGAGUGGCUGCUGGCCGCCCGCGCCGGAGCGGAAGUGCCGUUCAUGCGGGAGAUGGCGGGGGCGUGGCAGAUGACCAUGGAGCUGAAGAUGGGCUUGUUCUCAGACGCCCAACAGGAGGCCGAUCCUCUGGCCGCGUCCGAAGAAAGCCAGCCCGUCCCGUGCCCUCCAGAUGUCACCCCCCACCAAAUCUGGAUUGAGUUUCUCGUUCAGAGGUUUGAGAUUGCAAAGUACUCCAACGCAGAUCAGGUGGAGAUCUUCUGCUGUUUGCUGCAGCGCUCUCUGUCCCUGGAUGUGGGCGGAGCAAAGAGCAGCCUCAAUCGCCAUGUUGCUGCCAUUGGACCUCGUUUCAGGCUGCUGACUCUGGGUCUGGCUCUGCUGCACUCUGAUGUCGUCACCAACGCAACCGUGAGGAACGUCCUCCGAGAGAAGAUCUACUCCACGGCCUUCGACUACUUCAGCGUGGCUCCUAAGUUCCCCACGCAGGGCGACAAGCACCUCCGCGAGGACAUCUGCAUCAUCAUCCGCUUCUACGCCAGCAUCCUGUCGGACAAGAAGUACCUGGCAGCGUGUCAGCUGGUCGCACCCGGUGAGCUUGGCAUCGCCCCAGCCCCGAGCACUCUCUCUGCUGGGAUAUUCGGAUCGCUUAUCGUGUCCAGCACCACUCCGAUUUCUAUCUUAAACAACCAGGACGCGUCCCUCAACAGCCUGUCGGUCAUGAACGCCGCCGACCUCAGGAGCGGCGCCGACUCCAGCGCUCGCUCGCAGCAGAGCGGCCAGGGCUGGAUCAACACCUACCCGCUGUCCAGCGGCAUGUCCACCACCUCCAAGAAGUCAGGAACGUCUAAGAAGAGUAACCGAGGAACCCAGCUUCACAAAUACUACAUGAAACGCAGGACUCUGCUGUUGGCGCUCCUGGCCAGUGAGAUCGAACGCCUGACCACGUGGUACAACCCGCUCUCCGCCCAGGAGCUGGUCAUCACCACCGAGCAGUCAGUGGAAACCAGCAUCGCCAACUGGAGGUCCAAGUACAUCAGUCUGACGGAGAAACAGUGGAAGGACAACGUCAACCUGGCGUGGAGCAUCGCGCCUUACCUGGCCAUGCAGCUGCCAGCCAGGUUUAAGAACGACGCCAUUGUUGCUGAAGUUACCAGACUGGUCAGGCUGGAUCCCGGAGCGGUCAGCGAUGUCCCCGAGGCGGUGAAGUUCCUGGUGACGUGGCACACCAUUGACGCAGACUCUCCUGAGCUGAGCCACAUCCUGUGCUGGGCGCCGGCCGACCCCCCCACCGGUCUGUCCUACUUCAGCAGCAUGUACCCCCCCCAUCCUCUGACGGCGCAGUACGGGGUGAAAGUGCUGCGCUCCUUUCCUCCGGACGCCAUCUUGUUCUACAUCCCUCAGAUUGUCCAGGCGCUCCGUUACGAUAAGAUGGGUUACGUCAGGGAGUACAUCCUGUGGGCGGCGCAGAAGUCUCAGCUUCUCGCCCAUCAGUUCAUCUGGAACAUGAAGACCAACAUCUUCGUAGACGAAGAAGGACACCAGAAGGACCCCGACAUCGGGGAGCUGCUGGAGCAGAUGGUGGAGGAGAUCACCGGCUCGCUGUCGGGCCCGGCCAAAGACUUCUACCAGCGAGAGUUCGACUUUUUCAACAAGAUCACCAACGUGUCCGCCAUCAUCAAGCCGGUGCCGAAGGGCGAGGAGAGGAAGCGGGCGUGUCUCAAAGCGCUGUCUGACAUCAAGGUGCAGCCAGGCUGUUAUCUUCCCAGCAACCCAGAGGCCAUCGUUCUGGACAUCGACUACAAGUCCGGAACCCCCAUGCAGAGUGCCGCCAAGGCGCCGUACCUGGCCAAGUUCAAGGUGAAGCGCUGCGGCGUGACCGAACUGGAGAGGGAGGGUCUGCGCUCGCUGUCCGACUCUGCGGAGGACGGCGAGGAGAAUCCAGACGGGUCGCAAAGGGUCUGCUGGCAGGCGGCCAUCUUUAAAGUGGGCGAUGACUGCAGACAGGACAUGCUGGCUCUGCAGAUCAUUGGGCUUUUCAAGAACAUUUUCCAGCUGGUGGGUCUGGAUCUGUUCGUCUUCCCCUACCGGGUGGUGGCCACGGCGCCGGGGUGCGGCGUGAUCGAGUGCAUCCCCGACUGCAAGUCCAGAGACCAGCUGGGCCGGCAGACGGACUUCGGGAUGUACGACUACUUCAGGAACCAGUACGGAGACGAGUCCACGCUGGCCUUCCAGAAGGCUCGCUACAACUUCAUCCGCAGCAUGGCGGCCUACAGCCUGCUGCUGUUCCUGCUGCAGAUCAAAGACCGCCACAACGGAAACAUCAUGCUGGACAGCAAAGGACACCUCAUCCACAUCGAUUUCGGCUUCAUGUUCGAGAGCUCCCCCGGCGGAAACCUGGGCUGGGAGCCGGACAUCAAGCUGACGGACGAGAUGGUGAUGAUCAUGGGGGGAAAGAUGGAGGCCACGCCCUUCAAAUGGUUCAUGGAGAUGUGCGUCAGGGGUUACCUGGCUGUCAGACCCUACAUGGACGCCGUGGUCUCCCUCGUGACUCUCAUGCUGGACACCGGACUUCCAUGUUUCCGAGGACAAACCAUCAAACUCCUCAAGGGGCGCUUUAACCCCCAGAUGAGCGAGAAGGAGGCGGCGGCGUUCAUGAUCAAAGUCAUCCAGAGCUGCUUCCUCAGCAGCAGGAGCAAAACCUACGACAUGCUGCAGUACUACCAGAACCAGAUCCCGUACUGAGAAGCGCCUCCCGCCGCUGCUCGGGACCCUCAGCAAUAAGGCACUUUAGUCCCCGCCCACUGCUUCCUGUGAGACUUCAGAGUUUUAGAGUAGAACCACCUUUAGCUUUUACUGAAACUGCGUUUCCGAGUUUCCCUUUAAGCGUUUUCCGGACACUUCUCUGAGGGACACGGACCGUCUGACGCACUUUACUGUUUCUCAUCAAAGACCCCGCCCACCGGCGCUGAGGGGAACUCGUGGAGAGCAGAACUCCACAGCAGGAAGUUGGCGUCCAUGAAGGAACCACAGGCGUUCACGUACUGUAAAAUAUUCCCCGUUGAAUCAGGUCACAGGCAGCUCAUCGGGCAUCCGGAUCCCAAACGUUUACCUGAGUUCUUGUUCCUCGUGUCGGUCUGGACUCUGGCCUGUUACUCCGCCCACAGGAAGAGCUUGAAGAAUCAGAACCUUCUGGGCUUUUCAUGUUAGAAGAAGCCUGUCAUGAAAUUAUAAUUUCUUGAAGAAUAUCACGGAUCCUCAAAGACUCUUAGCGGAAAAAACCCCCAAAAAAUGUUGACUGAAGGAUUUAGUGGAGUAUUUUCAGCAUAAAAGCGGAGCUGAAGGAUGGCCGUCUGUCUGUUCUAAGGUUCUGUCUGUUCUAAGGUUCUGCAGACGACUGAAUGUUUUUUAGAGCACAUUUAGUUUUUACUGUCCUGGAUUUAGUUGUAAAUGAAGUUUCCAGAAGUCUCUAAAGAUCUCUCAGGAGUGGUGAUGCUUUUAAACUGAAAAGAAGACUUCUUUUUUUUUUAUAUAUAUACAUAUUGUUACCACGGAAACCGGCGCACGUUUAACCUAAUAGAGACGACAAAUUAAAAACCUUGAGAUUUUGCGAGUCUUAUUGUUUACAAUCAAACUGCAGCUGAACGGUUCCAGAAGUCACCCAGAGUCUUUGAGGAUCUGCAGAGUUUGAGACGCUCCUGAGCUUCAGGGAAGGCACCGCGCUGCGUUCAGGCGCAGACGGAUCUGAAGGCGUUCCCAGCGUCUCACCCUCAGACUGGAUGGCGUGGAGGUCACAUGUCUGCUUCACUCCACAUUUAGCUGUUGUUUUGGUUUGUUUUUCUUUCUGUCGUUGAGCUUUAAACACAUUUUAAUUUUUUAACUGUUGUUCUUGACUUUGUUUUCAUUCCAUACAUGUAGUUUUUUUUUUGGGUUUUCAUCCUCAUUUGUCGUUCUUCUUUGUCUGUUUGUUGUUGUUGUUGUUUCCUUCUGGGGGGUUUUGUGCGUUUUCCCCUGCGGUGGUUCGCUGAUCGCCGCAGAUCGGGUGAAGUGUUGCUGAUGAAGAUGAUGAAGAUUAAAGCCAUCUGUCCUACCCCCGGUAGAAACACAACCGUAGUGAUACUUGACAACAAAAACGUAACUUUAUGCAAAGUAUUGAUGCUGUUUCUGUGUGUGUUAUUCCACAUGUCGCUGUGUGUGUGUGGGUGUGUGUCUGUGUGUGUGUGUGUGUCUGUGUGCGUGAGCGGCUGCUCUUCAUCAGGACGGUUCUGCUCCUCCUCGUUUCGGGUUUCAGGUCAGACUGAUGGUUUGGAGCGGAUCGGUAACGAAGGUUUCCACCCUGUCGUGUUUGACCUUUGACCUGUGUUCAGUUCACAUGUAAAAACAUCCGAUUUCCUCAAUAAAUAUCAACAUUUCACCAACCA